AGUGUCAAAAACGUCAAACCAAAACUAGCACAACAUAACCUACAAUUUCUAAAAAAGUCAGGUUAAUUGAAGAACUGUGUUGACAAAUGCCCCCAUGAUCGCCCCAGAAUGUUGUCCCGAUAUUCAAACAGUGUUUUAAGGACACAUCUUAAAUUUGUCGUAAGUUUUGAUAAUUUGGGCAGUCGACACACAUUUGCUACAAGAAAUAAUGAACAAUCGCAACCACUUUUUGAAGAAAAAUAUGAAGAAGACCCGGUUAUAGUAAUGUCAGAGAAGAACGACGUCGAUAUUAUAGGUGCCCCUGAUUCAAUCUCAAAUCUCAGACCUAUUAUUAGAAAAAAGCUUGGAAAUGAGACAGCUUUGCAGCGCCAGUUGAGGGAAAUGCAGAACGCUACACAAGAGUGGAAUCAGGAAUUCUGGGCAAACCACAACGCAAAUUUUAUCAAGGAACGUCAGAGGUACAUCAAUCAGAGACACAAAGCAGGCGAAAAAACACCCCUGUCGGCCGAAGAAAUGAGUGAAUUUUACAAAAGCUUCCUGGAUAAGAACUGGGAGCGCCAUUUGAAGUAUAAUUUUGAGUGGUAUAGGAAAAAUUUUGCUUUGUUAAUUUUAGCGUUUAGAGUAGGUUUAGAGAAGAAUUUGUUGAAAGUAAGAUAAUUUCUGGGAUGUCUAUUAUUUCAUAGAAUCAGAAAAAUAUUGUACAGUGUAUUUUGUUUUAUUAAAUUAAAUUACAUCA